AUGGCUUCCCUGGGCAUGCUUACCACCAGGACCACUCCACAUGUUUCGGAAGGCUGCCGGCGACGAUAUAGCAGCGCCGUGUCUAGGCCGAGAUCCUACUUCCUCUGCCAAAGUCGCCUCCCGUCCGGGCCGCCAGCAAGCGACGGUGGAGGAGGAGGUGGUGGUGAGAAGAAGACCCCAUGGUGGGCUGCCACGGCCGAGAGGCUGCGCGGCGACGUGGUGAAGGCGGGGAUGGCGGCGCGGGAGAGCCUGAGCCCCAAGCAGAAGGGGGACUGGAAGGACGUCACGCUCAUGAGCUUCUCCUUCGCUGUGUAUGUGUACAUCUCUCAGAAGCUCGUGUGCGCGUACUGUGCUUGGCUCUCUAUGAUUAAUCACUAA